AUGGUUGCGUUGGAAUACUCUGUGGCAAUUUAUCACAAAGAAAGAAUGUUAUUAGUAUUUCUUGCUUUUGUUGGGAUAUUGUCCCAAACUGUAUGCAGUGAGGAACAGUCGAAUCCUUUGUAUCAAAUCAACAAGCCUUUAAGUAUCGUGAACCUGGCGAGUCAAGUACACAAUUUAAAAAAUAAUGUCAGAUUUCUCCGAACUGCACGCAUGAAGGCCAAGAUAGAACUGCUGAGACGUGUUGCAGAACUUGAACGUGCACGUGUAUUGGACAUGCGAGAGUUUAACAAACGGAUUACAGACCUGAAAGGUUUACGUGAAACAGACAGUUACGUCAUAAAAAAUUUGACAGCAGCUUUGAAAUCCUUGAAAUCAGAAAAUGCAGCUUUAAGGACAAAACUGGACCACGAAAAGGCUUCAGUAUCCAUCCAUCACCUGAUCCAUGCAUUUUAUAUUGUAGUUACAGGUUCAUCUGAGGCAACGGUUGCCUUCCAUACAAUCCUCACUCGCCCUUUGAUUGACCCUGGUGUUCACCAAUCCAUCAUCUUCGACAAAAUCAUUACCAACGUUGGAGCCCAAUACAGCAGAUACACCGGAAUUUUUACCUGUAAUCAACCUGGUGUUUACGUUUUUUCGUGGCAGAUACUUUUAGAAGAUUCGAACUACAUUAUUUCCGAAAUAGCCAAAAACGGCAAAAGUGUAGGUUCACAAGAGAUUGGCAACGCUCACUAUACCGUAUCAGGGUCUUCCACCGCUGUGGUAGAACUGGCCCAAGGCGAUGAGAUUUUGGUAAGAAUCGCAGGUUUAUCGGAAGGAUCCGAUGUAUUGUCCGAUAUCACCAUGUUCUCUGGCUUCCGAUUGCCGUGA